CCGGAAAAUGAUACCAGGAAUAUUUUACCCUCUUGCGAAACGCCCUCAGACAAACACUGUGCAACCAGCACAUAAUAUAAAAACAUUUAAAAAUUAAAAAAAAUGGCAAGAAAGUAUUUAUCUGCAGCACAACUGGAUGGCUUCAAACGAUACAAGGUAGUGAUAUUUGUGAGUAAAAUUUUUAGCAAGAAAAAUGCUUUUACUAACUUUUAUCAAUUUAUUGCACACGUAGUAUUCCUCUAGGGACACGAGUCCAUUAUCUGUUUACAUGAUGCAUCCAUUUUGGAACAAAGCUGUUAAGGUUUGAUUAUAAUACUGUACAUAGCUGUAUAUAAUUUUAUGUAGGCUUCCCAAAAUACUAGCAAAAUUCGGGUAAAUUUGGAGCGGUGGAUGUAGGCUUUUUGCAAAAUCUGGAGUGUAGUAUUAUAAAUAUGACCUGAUCUUUUGAUCGCGUGUAUAAAUAUUAAAUAAUCAGUUUAUAUUAUACGCUACGGUUGGGAUUUACUAUCAAAUAAAAACCUAGCAAAGCUUAUUUGCUAUUAAACGUUGGGCCUUUCUAGUAGAAUUUAUAGGCAAUUUUACCAAGUAUGCAUAGCAAUGAAAUCACAGCAAGAUAUCGUUGAUGAUAUUAAUUAUUAACCCUGAUCAUGUGCUGUCACACAAAUAUUUAUAGAAUGCUUUGAGAUUCUAUUUCAAGUGAGAUUUAUAGAUCCAAAUAUAAGAAUCACAUGGUGGAUCUUGCUAAGUUCACCAUGUAUGCCAAAGGUCUUCUGUGAAACGUAAUUUGGUAGGCACUCAAUAAUAGCUAACUUAGCAACCUGGGGUGCCCUGCCCUAGUAGUAAGUGGCUGUAUUAAUGUUUUAGGCUACAUUCAAACAUUUUAACUGACUGAAUGCCAGUGUUCUCCCCUUGAAGACUCAAAUUUUUUGGCGUUAGGCAGUGUGAGUAAAGUAAUACAGGGUGCAAUAAUUUGCGUACUUACAUACCUGGGUACGCCAAUGUUACGGUCUGGUACCAAUAACCAUUGGCAUACGACUAAAAGUUUUGAAUUAUCGCACUCUGGUAAUAUUAAAGUAUGGUUGAAUGCAACUUGACGAGUUUACCUAUUGAGUACUAGCACUCUCCCCUAGACAAGAAAAAUCUUCUUGCAUUAGAAAGAGUAGAAUAAUCUGGCAUUAGACUGAGUAAAAUAAUAAAGUAGGGUGUAUUAGGGUGCAAUGCAACUUAACUGGUAACCCAAUGAGCACCAGUGCUCAUUCCUUGAUGAAUACAGUUAGGGCAGUUAGGGUGCAAUGCAAGUUUUUUAAUUACCUUUGUAUAAUGUGACUUAUGGUGUAAUAUGCAAUCUGUCCUUUCCCUGUAGAUAUUUCCAAUGUGGCUUGCUCCCAAUGUUAUGACGUUUUUAGGCUGGGUCCUGACGGUUGCAAUAUUUCUCAUCUUGUCCUAUUACGAUCCAUACAUUGUCGCCGCAGGUUCUUAUAACAACCUGCAUAAACAAUACCACAUACCACAGUGGAUUUGGAUCUAUAUUGCCUUGGCUCAUUUUGUUGCACAUACGCUCGACGGCUGUGAUGGAAAGCAAGCGCGAAGAACAAACAGCAGGUGGAUAUAUAACUGGACUAUUAUGGUAGACCACCAAUGAUUUAAGCAAUACCCGGCCUCUAUAUCUGCAGAAUAGAAUCUGCCCAUGUAAUGAUGGUCCUGUUAGUGUCAGCUACUAUAUGCAUGUCAUUCAUCUGAUUUUCAAAACAAGUAAUUUCUUCCACUGUUUGAAAAAGGUUGCCCAAAGUCACUGUCACAAUUUAGACAGAGUUCACAAUAUUUGAUUUUCUAUAAUAUGUCACCAUUUCAAUAUUACGUGUAUGUCACCUGUCAUGUUUCAUUAUAAAUUGCUAUAUGUAAGUUUUUCUUUUCUGUCUAUUUCCAGUUCACCGUUGGGCGAGCUUUUUGACCAUGGUAUCGACAGUAUGGCGAUAUGGUUAAUAGCCGUGUGCACUUGCUCUGUAUUUGGCCAAAGCCCGCUCUCUAUCAACAUCUGGGAGUACCACUGGGCAAUGGUGGUAAUAUUGAUAGGUUUCUAUACAGCACACUGGGAGAAAUAUAUAACUGGAGUCUUAUUUUUGCCUUGGGCGUAUGAUUUCAGUCAGUUGGUAUGUGGAAUAAAGCAUUUUUCUUCUGUGAUUACCUAUAAAAAAUUGCAAUGUGGACAAUAUGCAGCAGACUGACUGGUUUGCUGGCUGACAGUGAUUGACAGUGAUUGACCAGUAGAUAAUCGGAAUCGAUACAUUUUUCGUAUUUCAGGGUUAAAAUAAAUAAUUUCAACUUAGAUCUAUUUGUAGGCUGUUUGGUGUGUGUACCAUUCAAUGAAUUAUUUCAAUAAUUACGCAGAAAAUAACCCUCCCCCCUCAUGUACAAAAAUUGUAGCAAAAUGGGCAGCAAAAAUACAAAACCUAUAAAUUCAUUGUGCAGAUCUGAUGUCCCCCUGACUAGUAAAAUCAUCUGGCAUUAGACAGAGUAGGGUGCAUUGCCACUUAAAGGGUUAACAGGGUGCAUGGUGGCAGCUAGCACGAGCUCCCCUUUUAAGAAAGGGUUAAGAAGAAAAACUUGUUGUUGCUAGUUUAGAAGUUGCUAGUUUAGAAGUUGUUAGUUUAGAAGUUGUUAGUUUAGAAGUUGCUAGUUUAAAAGUUGCUAGUUUAGAAGUUGCUAGUUUAGAAGUUGCCGGUUAGCACUGUGAAAAUGCCGGCUGGUAUUGUAAUGUUGAAAAUACAGGCUGCUAUUUUAAACUUGUACUGUUGUACUGUAUACAACCAGUUCUUUUGGAAAUACAAUAACUGUUUACAGGCAGUCAAUUUGCUAAGCUAAAGCAUGUUUGAAGUCUUUGUUGCAAAGCCAUGAACUGCUUAGUAGGCUCAAAUUUAUUUUCUUGUGUGAUUACUGUGAUACAAUGAUUUAUUAAGUGAUGCAUUGAGCUGAAGUAAAGUUGUCUGGUGUUUGACAGAGUAAAGUAAUAAAGUAGGGCACAUUAAGGCCUGUUACAUUUGCAAUUUUUGCUGUUAUUUUUAGUGCAAGUUUCUUCCUUUGAAUACAUUUACACAGAACAUUCAUAACUCAUCCACUUGUUCACAUGCAUCAGAAGUGGGAAAAUCGCACUAGAAACCACAGUAAAAUUGCAAGUGUAAAGACAUGCAGGCCUUUGGAGCACAAAGCGACUUAAUUUAAUGGGUUAAGCUGCAUUAAUGUGCCCAAAUGCUCUCUACUUUAUUAUUUUACUCUGCCUAACGCCAGAUGAUUGCAUGUACUCGUCAUGGGGAGAGUUUUGCACUUUAAUGGUGGCUUUACUAGUUUUUUAGGUAUUUAACUUGGAACAAUUGGUAAUUUCUGAUUGUUGCAUGAUUUGUCAAUCACCAUUGACUUAGUAACUGGCUAGCUGACAGACUGACCAACCGAACGACUCACUGACAGAAUUUCAAGUAAAAAUUAACAUUUAUAAAUUAAAGUUGUUUUAUUUUUCUAGACGUUGCUAGGUGUCUACCUGUGUGCAUAUUUCUUUGGUAUUGAUUUUUGGAAAACACCACUUUAUAAUGAUAUUUACCUUACACAUCUAUUUAAAUGGACCACACAUUGUGAGUUCAUUAUGAUUUUUUAUGACUAUAUAUGUCAUGCCAUUAUAAAAUAUAUCUUAUGUCAUUUCUCACUCAGUGUUUUUGGCGUCAUUUCUAACUCUGUAAAUAAUUUAUAUUUCAGUGUCGUUCUUCGGCCUGUUUUUCCCUCUUACUUUGAAUAACAUUUACAGGUGAGAUAUACUUGCUAGAUUCCUUUUACAGGUUCCACUGAACAAAUGGUUACGUUAUAUGCAUAUAUUUGCCCAUUGAGUACCAGUGCUCUCGACCCUUGACAAGAAAAAUCGUCUGGUGUACAGACAGAGUAAGAUAAUAUAUGACGUUAUAGACAGAGUAAAGAAUGCAGACCUGUCAACCUUAAAAUUUUUAGCCCUAAAAAACCAUGAGAUUUUGUCAAAAACCAGGAGAAGUCAUCAUGCAGUCAGACCUGCCAACCUGAGAGUAAAAAAUCUGGAGAUUUUCUUCUCUAGUGACAAAAAAUCUGGAGAUUUCACAAAAAGUAGUGAGAAUGAAUAAAUUUGACUGUAUUUAUUAAACAUUUACAAUACGUUUAUGAAUACAGUAGGAAAAACUGUUGAAUAAGAACUUCAUUGACGCUAUGUUGUAUUUAAAUAGAGGGAUGUGAUGCAUAAUUUAUGUAAUUUAUGCAUUAGCCUGCAAAAAAUUAUCAAAAACCAACUGCAUCUUCUCGCCCGAAACUAACGUAUUUUUUCGGAAUUUCUGACUUAACUUUACUUCAACUAAUGAAAAUGAAAAAUCCUGGAAUUUAAGAAUUAUAAACAAGUAAUUUCUGUCUGAAUAAAAUCUUAGUAUCAAACUAAAAGUAGAGGUAACAAAGUAAAUUGCAAGAAAUGAAAUAAAGAAUUAAAAUCGUGAGAAAACAGAGUCAUGUCGUGAGACCGUGAGAAAUGUACAAAAAUCGUGUGACACACGGUGGAAUCGUGAGAGUUGGCAGGUCUGUGCAGUGUUCGAAACAGUAAAAAUUCUAAUAAUUUUCUUUCUUUAUAAUCAUUGCAUUCGCCUCCACAACUUGUUUAAUUUAAUACUAACAUGGCGGGAAUGUAACUAGUUUUCGAGAUCCAACUUAUAGCUUAUAGUGCAGAAGUGAUAAAAAAGCCAAACACUUGUAGUUCAUGGAGUAAGUUUCAGCUUGGACACAAGUGAUUUUCUUGCGAUUACUGUUUCUAAUUGCCAGAUAUUUUAAUCUGGAAAAUAUUCCAUAACACCUCCUAAGACCUAACAAUUAAAACAAGCAACGGGGAGAAAAUACCUUGAUACCGGGAGAAAAAGGUCAAAACUGGGAGUCUUCUGGCAGCACCGGGAGAGUUGACAGGUCUGCAAUAGUCUCCCUAUGAGUGAGUAAAAUUGUCUGGUGUUAGACAGUGUAAAAUAAUUAUAAAGUAAUUAAGGUACAUUAGGGUGCAAAGCAACUUAAUGGGUUAAUGUUUAACCAUUGAUUUCUUUCCUUAAUUAGGUCUAAAGUAGAAAAGACAGAUCGUGGUCUAUCAUUAGGGGAAGCAUUGAAACCCGGAAUUCCUCUAUUUACAUGUUUUUCAUUAUUCACUAUCUGGGCUUACUAUUCGCCCAGCAACAUUCUUCAAGAACAUCCUAGAUUGUUUUUUACAUCCCUAGGAAUUGUCUUCUCAAACAUAACAGUAUGUAACACCCGAAUUGAAACCUUAAUAUUUAACAUUAUAUUUAAGCAUAUGUUCUUUGUAUUCAUUUAUGGGAUUAUGGUGGCACAGUUGUUAGUGUAUGUAUCUUCAGAGAUGGAUAUACUGGGGCGGGGCAAGGGGUGGAGUUUGACUACCUCACAGGUGUUCGAACGUUGGGGGCAAUAUCCCCCAACCCUAACUCACCCACAAUGUCAGUGUAGUGAACCUGCAAGGGGGUGCCAGUCUCCUUAUACAGUACAGUAGCUUUUCCAAGGCGGUGGGGUGUAUGUACAGGUUCCCAGAACACUGCUGCACAAAUCUCUCUUCAGUGAUUAUGUACUUGAUCAAAAAGUUUGGAGGGCAAAUUUUUUUCAAACGUAUGGGGUAUGUCAAUUCUUGCAAUCUUCACUUGUCUCAGUUGCAUGUGAGAAGAGUGCUUUCAGUUUAAUUCUACCAAACACGUCUGGUCCUCCCCCACAGUAGCAGUGGACCAAAUAAGGGAUGACCCAAACUGGACCUCUAGAGUGAGAACAGGUUUAGAACAAAUAGAGUUAUCCAGCAUAAAUAAAGUUAGUUCAGUUUAGGUUCCGUCCAUUACUAGACAUCUUGGGGAGAGUAGUUUAGAACUGAUAGAGCUACCCAGUAUAAAUUAAGUUAGUUUCAUUUCAUUUCAUCCUGUAGUAAUACUGGAUCAAUCAGGGUGUCCCUUACUAGACAUCUUAGGGAGAACACUGACGGAGUUAACUUUUCUCUUUCAGUGUCGUCUUAUUGUUAACACGAUGAGCCAUCAAAAGUGUGAAAUAUUCAGCAAUAUGUUCAUUCCUUUAAUACUGAUCGACAUAGCAUUAUUUCUAGUCAGCUUCAACGAGGUGUAUGUGCUAGCUUUCUACACUGUCAUCAUUGGCUGCGUUCAUGUGGAUUAUGGUAUUGGAGUGGUACGUAUGGUGCUUUUGUCUUAUGCUCUCCAGUCACUUAUUAUUCUCAACUAUUUUUAGUUGACUGCAAAGAUCCUUCGUAGUUCUCUAAUGCUGUAAAAUCCUGUAUUAAAUUAUUGAAGGCGCCUGGAUGCCAAAUUGUAUAUAACAUAGGUAUGUCAUCCUCGGACAACUUCAAACUUUUCAAAUUGAAGUUAUCAUUUAAAAGUUCUUUGAAAUAAGACAUAAUAAAUAUCGCGUACAUGUGGAAAUAUUUUAGGUCAACGCAUUUUUUUGCGAUUAGUUUUUCAGUUCACGGUAAUGUGGACGUACGAUUCUUGAUCAAUUUGUUCAAUUAUUUUCAUAUUACUCAUUUCAUAUUGUUCAAUUAUAUUUUUAGGUCAACGAUUUGUGUAACAUGUUAAGAAUACGUUGCUUCUCUCUGAAACCAUUAUAAAGAAGACUAGAUUCUGUGUGUUUUUUAAAUAGGAUAAAAUGUGCAAAAAUUUAAAAACCUGGUUUCCAUUUAGUCUCUACGUUCGCAACCAUAUCACAGGCACCGCGAUGUACUAUAGCGUCGAUUUAUCUCUGCAAUCAUAAAAGAUUGUUUUGCGUACCAAACAAAGAAGACAAGAUAGAUCUGGACUAUUUUGCAUUUAAAGUAGAGCUGCUGUCAAACAAUGAUGAGAGUUGAUGAGGAACAUUUUAAGCUCUAGUCUAGAUUAACAAAAUCAAGGUUUGAUGAAGUGUUCCGACUAUGUUUAACUUAAACAGAAUACAUGAUAGUGUUGGUAAAGCAUUAAGAACAGCUAAAACUGUCUGUAUACCAGUGUGGGUAGUACCAAUGUGAAAAUGCUGUGCUGAAUGGUUAUAUUACUACCUUAAAAAACAAGCAGAAACUCGACGAACGGCCUUCGCUCGAAACGUCGAGUUUCUGCUUGUUUCUUAAGAACAGCUAAGCAAGGUCGCGUGACUACCAACUCUAGCUCAGUCUCUCAUGCACUCUCACCUUCGUUUGAUCUGGCUGGAUUUAAUACUGUACAUUGUACAGUACCUCUAUAAUCAGUAAAGAUUGAUUUGCAAACUGUAGGUGGGUUUUUCGUAUAUGUAAUUUUCGGACGUAAAUAUCUAUGCACUUUAGACCUAGCUAGGAGCAGUUGCGAAAAAUGUAACUAUAUAUAGGCCCUCUGGGUACAGCUCUCUAACCAACUGAGCUACGGAGUCCAGUUCACAGAUUCGUGUAUAGAUAGUGGAGUGAUACCAGUGUAAGGUAUAUGGUGAAUAUCGGGAUUUUGGGCAUCUCGAGUGGAUAGAAAUGUACGUUCGAAAAUUCCAUCUACACAAAAUCCAUCUGCUAUUAGUUCUAUCAUAGUUAAUAGAAUCUCAUUAGAAUAACAAUAUGUAUAACUCGUUAUCUAUGUUAGUCAACGUUUAUUCAUAAAUAUGGUCCUUCAUCGUCACGUGUGUAUUGUAUUUUUGCCAAAUCCACCAAUAGCAAUUUAUCCUAUUGUUCGAGUCACGGAUAGGUAACUUUCCUCAAACAUUGCUAUUGGUUAGUCGGGCAAAAAUACAGUACGCGCGUGACGGUGAAGGACCAGAUUUAUGAAUAAACGUUGACUAACAUAGAUAAUAGAUAGCUUAAGAUCUACGACGUCGACGCCAGCUAGGACGUCAGGGUUAAGCAGAGGACUGGGACUACAUUAGGACGACAUCCUAGUCCCAGUCCUCUGCAUAGCCCUGACGUCCUAGCUGACGUCGACGUCGUAGAUCUUAAGCUAUCUAAUGAGUUAUAUGAUGUUUUUCUGAUGAGUUUCCAAACCAUCUACUCUAUUAACUAUGCAUAGUUCUAUCCAACGAUAUGUCCAAAAACCUUGAUUUGCAUACACCGGCUCACAUAAGACAUAAUAGAUCUAGAUUUACAUCGUCGAACAUGCUUUGGUCGCGACAACUGUUAACAAAUGGAAACCAGCUGGUUACCUUGGGUAUCAAAAGUUUGCAGGGUUUUUAGAGGAUUACUCUCCGAAAGCUCGGGAACCCCAAGGGUAAACCAGGCGAAGCACAAAACUGCUGUACAGUAAAAUAUGAUUGAUUGAUUCAAGUUGUAAUCAAUGGUAAAAACAAUUAUUAUAAUAGUUGUAAUAUUUUCUCGAUUAAUAAAAUUGUUUUACCAAAUUAGUUCUGUCUAUUAAUAUGCGUUGUCUUCAGCUGGAAAACGCUAUGACGUCACGUCAACGAGGACUGCCGAUAGAGUGAAUUGUAUCACAACACAAAUGGCCGCUCUUCAUCUUUUAAAUAAAUAAUAGAACAAUUAUUGAAUUCGGUUUUCGCAUGAUAUGAAGAAUUAGCCUUUCUCACGAUCACGCGAAGGUCAAAAUCCGCCAUUUUUGGGUACAUUUUAUAAACAAUGUGAAAAAUCUAAGCGAUGUGAAAAUAUAAUAUAUUUUACAAAUAUUUAACUGUAAGUCGAUUUAUAAUGAUUAUACUUACAACUAGUACUUAUAGAAAGUUUCAGGUUGUCACCCAAAAAUGUUAUCAACAUCAGGCUUCCUUGAUAUCAUGCUCAACCUCAUCAGGGGUCGAAAUUCCCACUACUCCGCUAUUCCGAAUAUACUAAAAUGUGUGACAGAAUAGUAAACUUCAUGAUCACAGUAUUCCGUUUGUAUAGUAGAAAAAAUUGUGGUUUCAUAUAUCGACAAGCAAGGGUUUUCCUGAUCUUAUAAUAUAUCACUUUAUAGCGGACUUUGGGCCACUGUUCCAUUUCGUAGCUAAGUUCUUGUUCGCUUCCAGUACUUGCGUAUUCUAAUUUCUUUGCCGAGCAAUAUUAUUGUCAAUUUCAAGUCACUUUUCAAUGCACGGUUCCCAAGUUUGUUGCGAAUUUUCCAAUUACGUUUCCAAGUUCGGAAAUUGGGCGCGAACUUCGCAACAAAGUUCGCAAGUUCAUUUCAGUGUUUGAACUUUGUUUUUUAUCAAUAAAUUGUUCAUCACUGUACAGAGCAAUGCACUGUACAUGUUUAUUUUCUGUUAUUCAGUUCACUUUAGGAGUCUCAAGGAUGAUUUCAUAAAAAUCAGAAACAGUACAUUAAGGAAUAGUCAAUAGUGGAUCUUCAAACGGAAUAGUAAAUAUAAAAAUCUACUAUUCCGGCUGUAUAGUACAAAAAAUUCAAAUUUCGACCCCUGCUCAUUCAAUAAUUGUUAAAUAUUUUAGCUGUACCUCACUGAUGCUUCAAUGAUUAUCACCACGUACACACGUAAAAAUCUCAUCUUGUAGCAAGUCUGUCAGCUACAAUUUCCACGCACGCAUCACGUGACGCCUGGCCAGCUCUAGUACACACGUAAAAACACGUAAAAUGUUCCCAGUUGUUGUAACAAGUUUAGAACAAGCUGUUAACAACUUGUAACAAGCUUGACGGCACUGCCAGACUUGUUACAAGGUUGUUCUAACAAGUCUGCUACAGUCAUGAUAUAACAAGAAUGUUACAAGGUUGACGACACAAGGUUGUAACAAUAUUGUUAUACACCCUUUUAUGUGCAUAUAAAUUGGCCCAACUAGCCUCGUUUUUGAGUAGAAAUUCC